CAGCAGAAUCAGCUGUGCAGCGCUGGUUGAACAGAAACCCAAACAAUGCUGACGUUACCAAAAUUGUGUUUUAAAAUGUGCACAACAGCCCAACAUAAUUACUUUUUCAAAUAGUAUUUAAUGCCUUUUGCAAUAGUAUUCACUUGCUCAAUGUAAGCCCAUCACUGAAACAGACGUCGACUGCCUAGGUUUCAACAAAUUGUUUCUGCUUGCACAAGUGGCGCCUGUCAUUUGUGAUAACAAGUGCCACAGUUUCUUUUUGCUUACGACGCAAACAGCUACCCACUGUCACAGAAGAACAAUAAAAAGCUGUCGCACCAAAUUUGCAACUUCCCGGUGAGCUCAUCUGUGAAAGCGAAUUGCAUCAUGUUCUCGCAUUCGGGUCAUGUUAUGACGCUGGCGAACAGCAUAAUUGGCGUCGGCAUCUUGGCCAUGCCCUUCUGUUUCCAGAAGUGCGGCAUCAUCUUGUCCAUUGUAUUGCUUGUACUCAGCAAUUGGAUAACGCGCAUCUGUUGCCACUAUCUGAUAAAAACUUCGCUGUUGACACGUCGCAAAAGCUUUGAAAUGCUCGGACUGCACGCUUUUGGCACAUCUGGCAAACUGCUAGCGGAACUGUGCAUCAUUGGCUACCUGAUUGGAACGUGCAUCACGUACUUUGUGGUCGUCGGCGACUUGGGCCCACAGAUUGUUGCCAAGCUGUUCUCGUUGGAUAUGGCGGAGUACAAUCAUCUGCGCACCGUGGUCAUGUUUGCUGUCACCGUCUGUUGCAUUGUGCCGCUGGGCAUGCUGCGCAAUGUGGACAGCUUGUCAGCUGUGUGCACCGCCUCCAUUGGCUUCUAUGUUUGUCUUAUGCUUAAAAUUGUGCUCGAAUCCGAGGCGCACAUUGUCGCCAACGAUUGGACCGAAAAGGUUACUUACUGGGAGCCAGCGGGAAUGCUGCAGUGCCUGCCCAUCUUCAGCAUGGCGUUAUCCUGCCAAAUGCAACUUUUUGAAGUCUUCGACAGCAUCAACAACCAAAGUCUGGACAAGCUGAAUGGAAUUGUGCGCAAUGCAACAUGGAUAUGUACACUGGUCUACAUAGCUGUUGGUUUCUUUGGCUAUGUGGCUUUCUGCACGCACAGCUUUUCGGGUAAUAUCUUGGUUAACCUAUCGCCCUCAUUUGGCAGCGAUAUAAUCAAAAUUGGAUUUGUGCUAUCGAUUGCAUUCAGCUUUCCCCUGGUCAUAUUCCCGUGCCGAGCCAGCAUCUACUCCCUCUUGUACAGAAAGCAGGGGCACACGGAGAGCAGCAAUUAUAUACCAGAGCAGCGGUUCCGGUUAAUUACACUCUUUAUCGUUAUCUUCUCGCUGUGUGUGGCGCUUGUGAUUCCAUCUGUUGAGCUAAUCAUUGGCCUGGUGGGUUCCACAAUAGGCGUGGCCAUAUGCAUUAUGUUUCCGGCAUCGAGUUUUCGCAAGAUCAUUAGAAAGGAAUCAACGGAACGCACCUUGGCACAGUUUGUAUUCGUAAGCGGCUUUUGCCUGAUGAUACUCGGCACAUAUGCCAAUUUGAAUGCCAUAGACGCCCAGGGCUCUGGUCCACAGUUUGACGGUGUACAAAUGGUCACACCAUUGUUGCCCAACGAAAUCUCACCGCCCGCUGUGGGUCACGAUUUGAAGAACUCCGAAAUAAUUAAGCUUUUAGUGAAAAGCAGCGACGCAGAAGUUAAAGAAGUUCUAGAAAAACUUGAAGAUGCCAAACGUGAACCUGUCGCACAUAGCAUAAAUAUUGUCGAGAAAUCAAAUAUUGCGGGUGCUUCUUCGGACAAUCAACCGAUGCCUCCGUUGCCUGUCGAUGAAUCACAUAACGUGGAUUCGAAAAAGGAAGCGCCGCCGGUUAAGUCUGAAAGCAUAUCAAAAGAAGAGCACAAACCAGUCGAAGGAAAUGUUGUAAAGAAAAACUUGACGAGCUUGGAAAAAUCACCUCCAGCAAAUAUGCCAGUCCCUAAACCAGAAACUUCUCAAUCCUUGGACCUGGCUGCGCAGCGAACCAUAGACGGAGCUGCCAUCAAAAAGGAAGAGGAAAUUACAGCUGAGGAGCAAAAAGAUAAAGCAAAUGCAGACGAAUUGCGUAAAACAGAAAAGGAACUUCAAGAAAAAAUGAAGGCUUUGGAACGCACCGUGGACAAGCUAAACGAGGAGUUGGCAAAGCAAAAGCCGCAAAGUCCAGAUACAAUGAAACUUUUGGAGAGCAGUGUGGAUAAACUGAACGAUCAAUUGGCCCAUCAAAAUGGUGAUAAUCCAAAACCUUUAGCUGUAAACGAGCUAGAUAAGGCACUGAAUAAGGUCAAAGAAAACAAUCGUAAGAAAGAGAAGGAGGAGUCACAAUUCCAACCCCAGCCUCAUCUCCAACCACAAGCCCAGCCCCAGCUCCAACCACAACCACAACCCCAGCCUCAAGACGCCAACAACACAAGAAAGGAACGCAAGCCCGCCUCACUAAUGGAAAUGCUCACUGAGAAUGCUCAUGCACGAGACGAACAGGAAGCUCAUGCUGGCGUAUUUGAGCCGCUCUCCUACAAAACGGGUGAGCUGCUCAAGAAUGCAACUCGCGAUGCGCCGUUACUGGCCCAACGACUGCCGCUGCCUUUGGUGCUGCUCUCGAAUUCCACUCGGACAAGAGCUAACAACACCUUAGCCGCCGAACUGCCGGUCAAUAAAACAACCAACGCGGACAACGUCGAAGCCAUCAGGCGAGAGUUGUUGCAAGUGAAUGAGCCACAGGUUGGGACUGCGCAGCCCGCGGUGCGCGUUAAACGCGAUGCCAACGAGAACUGUCUUCCCGAGCCCAAGUUAAACGAGCUCAAAAAUAGUGCACUGGUCGGCCUCAGCCUGCAAAUCGAGAACAUGGGUCGUGAACUGAAAUCCGUUAAGGAUGAUGAUCUCGAGACGACGACGACGAUGACGAUGACUACAACACCCAACACAGAACUGGAUGCAAGAUAAUACGCGCUCAAUUGAACUGCAAACACUACCAAAAAAAAUGAUGUAACUGUUACAAUUGUAUUUACAUUACGUAACUGUUACCUACGUGUUCAGAUUAUGUAAAUGUUACAUAUGUAUUCAGAUUGUGUAACUUUUACAUAUGUUUUCCUAUUACGUAACUGUUACAUAUGUUUUCACAUUGUGUAAGUAACAGUUACAAAGAUGUAUGUUACAUAUGUUUCCACAUUUCGUAACUGUUCCUUAUGUAUUCAGAUUGUGUAACUGUUACAUAUGUUUUCACAUAAUGUAACUGUUACAAAGAUGUAUGUUACCAUGUAUUCAGAUUAUGUAACCGUUACCUAUGUAUUCACAUUAUGUAACUGUUACAUAUGUAUUCAUAUUAUGUAACUGUUACAUAUGUAUUCAAAUGUACAGCUCCAGUGUAAUGUUCACAGGGCCAAAAAGCUUUAUGUACAUAUAUACAUAUAUUAACUUAUUAUUAUUGAUAAUGAUGUAUUAGUUUAGUAUCUAGGAAAAGAUACGUAAAUAUGCUAAGCAAUCUAUAUAUAGAUACGUAUAUAUAUAACGGUUGGUUUUUUUUUCUUGAUUGAUUGAAGAUUAACGCACAGCCCAAAAAUAAGACGGGUUUUUUGAAGUGGACAUAGUUUGUAUGAAAAAUAUUAACAAUAUCUGAACGUCUGACUAACAAGAGAUCGCCGGCUCAAAUUAAUUUAAAAGGUUUUGUAUCUGUCUGAAUUUGGCAAGUGAAACUUUUUUUAAUGACAGAUUGAUUGAUGAGUCACAAGAGAAGUUGGUUAAAUGGGCAAAAACUCUAUAGGAUUGGCCUUUGCAUAUCUUUUUUGAAAUCUAAGCCUCCGAAUUUUUAAAAUACACCUUCAGUUCAUGCUUAACAUUUGACUUGAGCCGAUCAAAAAAAUUAUAUAUAUUUUCAAAUAUUAAAUGCCUGUGCUGUAGAUUGUGCACAUGUCAAAAUUAUUUGAUAUUUAGUUGUCGGAUUGUCAAAUGUUAAGCAAUAGCCCAAAUUCUUAAUCCAAAUUACGCAGUUUAUACAAUUAUAUAAAGAUGUCAAUAGUUUUGGAUGUUGUGCAGAAGAUAGUUUUGAAUAGCGCCUACGAGCUAACAUGCGCCGCCGCCGCACAAGUCUUGAACAAAUGCAAGAUCAUGGACGUGAUAACAGCUAAAGAUUAUGAAAAUCCAGAAACGAAGGAUAAUAUGAAGAGCGAAGCGAAAAAUAAAAUAGACAUAGAAGUGCCCGACCCGCCCGGAGGCCUAGAUCUCAGCAGCAGAAAGCUAGAAACACGCUGCGUGGUCUCCCAACUUGAUAUGGCCUACAGGAAUAGUGGGCCCAUUUGUCCGCCACAGACGUCCAGUAUGCGAUUGGUGCGGAACAGCUACUUCUCUUAGAUAAAAGGCAAGCGCUGGCAUAGAUAAAAUAACUUUAAUAUGUAUAAAGAGAGAGACAGAGAGAGUAUCGGAUGAUCCACAAGUUGGGUAACAAAUUGAACAACUAAUUUGAUGGUUAUGCACAUCAGUGGCAGCUAACCAAUUAAGUGUGUAUUGGAUAAAUUUUGUAUCAUUUAGAAUUAUAUGGUAUCUCUGCAGGCGGAGAGAGA